AUAUACACACCUUAUAUGUGCAUAUAUAGGUAUAUACGGGGGGGUGUACGUGGGCUAACGGCCGCCGGUUGGCGGUUAACGGGCGGCCGCUGUGUGUGUGUGUGUGUGAGGGGGGAGGGGAGCGGGGUGGGGGAGGGGGCAGCCCGUUUAACUCCAAUUCCCUUCAAUUCGAUUCGAUUCAAUUCAAAUUUAGUUAUUUAUGGUGGGGGGGGAGGGGGCUGCCGGCGGGGACACCACACGCACACAGGGACACGGCCACAGGCGGUGCCUGCCCCCUGCUCCCCCCCCCCCCCCCCAGCCGCCAUUCCGCCCCCAAAGUUUCCUCACCCCCCUGCCCGCCCGCCGGGGCUCCCUCGUGUGCCGGCCGUGUGCGCCGGGCGGGAGGAGGAGGAGGAGGAGGAGGAGGAGGAGGAGGCGGCGGCGGUGGUGGUGGUGGUGGUGGUGGUGGUGGAGGAAGGGGGGGGGGCAGCAGGCUGCCGGCAGCCCGGCCGGGACCCGCGAGCUGCACCAUGCGCGGCAAGUGAGGGCAGAGCCGCCCGGCCCCUGCCCGCAGCGCCAGCCCUCUCCGCUGUCAGAUGUGGUGAUCUCCAUGGUAACUCAAACCCCCAGAUUCUUGACAGCAGCCUGCGAGGAGCAGCAUUCAGCAGCUCAAGGGUCUCACGACCAGGUUUCUCCCACUCGGCCUUCACGUUCGGUAUCGAGAGCCACAUCAGUCAGUCCAACAUCAACGGAACACUAGUGCCACCUGCUGCACUCAUCUCCAUCCUCCAGAAAGGGCUCCAGUAUGUGGAGGCUGAGAUCAGCAUCAACGAAGAUGGUACAGUAUUUGACGGCAGGCCAAUAGAAUCACUGUCUCUGAUAGACGCGGUGAUGCCUGAUGUUGUACAGACCCGGCAGCAAGCAUUCAGAGAGAAACUAGCUCAGCAACAAGCCAGUGCAGCGGCAGCAGCGGCAGCAACGGCAGCAACAGCGGGAGCAACGACGACUGCUGUUUCCCAGCAGAACACACCAAAGAACGGAGAAGCCACUGUGAAUGGAGAGGAGAAUGGGGCACAUGCAAUAAAUAAUCAUUCAAAGCCAAUGGAAAUUGACGGGGAUGUUGAAAUUCCUCCUAACAAAGCAACAGUCCUUCGGGGCCAUGAAUCAGAGGUGUUCAUCUGUGCCUGGAACCCUGUCAGUGACCUGCUAGCAUCUGGAUCUGGAGACUCAACGGCCAGAAUAUGGAAUCUCAAUGAGAACAGCAACAGUGGUUCCACUCAACUAGUUUUGAGGCACUGCAUAAGAGAAGGAGGACACGAUGUCCCCAGCAAUAAGGACGUGACUUCAUUGGACUGGAAUAGUGACGGAACACUAUUGGCUACAGGCUCAUACGAUGGUUUUGCAAGAAUAUGGACAGAAGACGGUAACCUUGCAAGCACCUUAGGUCAACAUAAAGGUCCGAUAUUUGCCCUGAAGUGGAACAAAAAGGGGAAUUAUAUUUUAAGUGCUGGUGUUGAUAAAACAACAAUAAUUUGGGAUGCUCACACAGGAGAAGCUAAACAACAGUUUCCUUUCCAUUCAGCUCCUGCUCUGGAUGUAGACUGGCAGAACAACACUACUUUUGCCUCCUGCAGCACUGACAUGUGCAUUCACGUAUGCAGACUUAGCUGUGAUCGCCCCGUUAAAACCUUUCAAGGACACACAAACGAGGUUAAUGCUAUCAAGUGGGACCCAUCUGGCAUGCUACUAGCAUCUUGCUCCGAUGAUAUGACAUUAAAGAUUUGGAGUAUGAAGCAAGAUACCUGUGUACAUGACCUUCAGGCUCACAGCAAAGAGAUUUAUACUAUCAAAUGGAGUCCUACAGGACCAGGCACCAGCAACCCAAACUCCAACAUCAUGUUAGCAAGUGCUUCAUUUGAUUCCACUGUUCGGCUGUGGGACGUUGACCGAGGAGUCUGCAUCCAUACGCUAACAAAACAUCAAGAGCCUGUCUACAGUGUAGCUUUUAGUCCCGAUGGAAAAUAUCUAGCCAGUGGGUCCUUUGACAAAUGUGUCCAUAUAUGGAAUACUCAGAGUGGAACUCUAGUACAUAGCUACCGAGGCACCGGAGGCAUCUUUGAAGUCUGCUGGAAUGCUAGAGGAGACAAAGUGGGAGCAAGCGCAUCAGAUGGAUCGGUUUGUGUUCUAGAUCUGCGGAAGUAAAAGUGAAAUGUUUUAGAAGAAAUUUCAAAUGGACCAGCAGUGAAUGUGUGGGGAGAAGCACUCUUCAAAACUAUUCUUAACAGCUCCAGAACUGUACGAACUUGAACAAAGUUAGAGUGUACUGUGAAACCAACUCUCCCUGGCCACAGGUGUCUAGUAUUUUGUCCGUAACCUUCAUCAAGGAGUAAAAACACAGUCACUUCAGAGGGGGAGGGAAUGGUUUCCACCUGGAACAUUCAGCCUUGGAAGCAUGAAGCCACCAGCUAGGCAUUGCACUGUUUGGUUUGCGUCUGAGAACUUGCUCUGAUGGCUGGGAAAAAAAAGCUGUGCCAAAAAAUAAUUAAUAAAAAAAAGAAAAAUGCUGUGAUAAACCAAAAGGGAAAAAAAAUCCUCCUCCAUGCGGUGUCGUAUUUUUUCCUUCCAAUUUGGACACUACAGUUGCUCUCCCAAAGGACGUUCAAAGACCAGUUUGUACUGAUGAAAUGCUCAACUUUGUAAUCACAACACUUUCUAUUUUCUAGACUACUUUUUUUGUUCAGUGUUUUUUCUAUCAGCUGGAAUAUUACAGCCUGGAGGAUCCCAGGCUUAGGAUGAAACUUUUGUUUUCCUUUUAUUUCUCCCUUCCACUCCCGACUUCUCCUUCCUUUUUUUCUCCUCUUUCUUCUUGCCCUUUUUUUUUCUUUUUUCCCUGUAUGCCCAUAGUAGAUGCAGCCAGGUGGACAUGACAAUGAAAAUUUUUGACAGACUGCUUCUCCUCUCCUCUCUUUCUUUUCCUUUCUUUCUCUCCGUUUAAAAGAAAAAAAAAUCCUCCAUGCUUCAGAUCUUAGCGUCUCAAGGGCACUUUCAGCAAAUUGUGUAAUAAGUGCUUUAUAUAAGAAUGCAGUGCUGGGGAAGAUUUUUACAGGAGAAAGAUGACUUUUAACAGAAAGAACCCAGUGUAUUUUUGGAAAAAAAAUAUUUUUUAUGUUAAACACAGUUUUAAAAGCCGAAAAUGGCCACCAAAUGUAGACCAGUUGUGUAAUUCAAGCAGAAAGAAUGACACAGAGUCCAAGGAGCAUGAAAGAUGCAGUAUCCUUUUCCUCUUCUCUCUCAGAAAGUGCUGUAGGACGAAACGCUAUUUGAUACAAUAAACGCCCGUCAUUUACUGAGACCUCUUCCAGCAGCCAGACGUUUAUAUGGUCUCAUUCCAUUUCUGUGGCUAUUUGAUGCUGUACAAUUACUAAAAGGAAUCCGUAAGUUUGAGACCAUAAAUACAGCAUUCAUUUUCUCGAGUGCAUAUUUGUGUUUAUCCUUGGUGACCAGGGGAACACUAUCGUGCAUCUUCUUCCCUCCGGAGACGGUUCAGGUUUCACGCAGAAGAUGCGUUUGGCGGGCAGUGCUGUCCUCCUCUACUCACCCACGCAGCUGUCUCUGUUCCAGUAAGCCCGUGGGGUUUCACCAGUGACUGGAUGGGACCAGUCGGACCAAACAUGCUGGCUGUGCCUGUCGCUGUUACGCGUGGACUCGUGCCAAGCUCCCGGCCAGCUCUGAUCAGCGCACGCCUACAGCUGGGCUCUGCCAUCGCGGCUGGCAGUACGUGGUGCUGCUGCCAGCCUCAGCCCUGCCUGCUCCCCGCCUGGCCAGGAAAGCUCUGGGCCUGCCUCUGGAGGUAGGCUUGGCUUCGAGCAUGUCCUCAGUGGGGUGCUCAGAAGAUGUAGUAGAGCUCUCCACUAGGCGAGGACGUGAUUUAUAACCUAUUUCUCAACACAUAAACCACUGUGAACUUACAGUGGGUGCAACAAUCGGAAUGACAACAAAGACUUCCAAAGCACCGCCUGUCGGCUGGGAUGCAAUUUCCUUGCUGCGAGCUUGACAUCCGCAGUGAUGCCUGCCGAAGGUUUCUGUACUGCAAGAGCAAACGAUGGAUCCAGAGAAGCCACAGGAAAGCCAAAGGCAGAGUUAACUGAAGUUGGUGGAAACUCCAAGGCAGCCUCAGGGUGGUGGUGGCCGUUAUUUAGACAAAUCCUCAGACUGGUGUCUCCUCUAGCCUGCAGGCUAGGAUUUGUAGGAUGGAGAAAAGGAAGCAAGAGAGCCCCCUUGGAAUCACAGCGCAUUCCCACCCAGUCGCCACUUCUCUCACAGAAUCUUCCCUUUGAUCUGACCACAGCUGCCGAAGUGGUGAUUUGAUCUGAGCAAGACCAAAACCAGAGUCCCAAUGCAGAACUGGUGGUGCGACACCCGCCAAGCAUCACGGCAUCAGGGAAGCUGUAUGUCCAUUUUUUCUCCUGUGUUUUCCUCUUUUUACACUUCAUAUCUUUACAGCUUCUUAGUCCUUUCAGUGGAACUUGCCACUGCCAGCUUCAGCUGCUUUUCCUAGAGAUACACAUUGGGGAAGGAGAAAAUAAUGAAAACAAGUAACAGCUAACAGGGUUACUUAGUCCUGAGGGGAAAACGGUCACACGGGAUUCUGGUUCUUAGUUACAGUAGGCUUGUUUGUAAUUUAUAUCAAAGAAUUGGACACUGGAAGGUACCAGGGAUUAUAUUUGGUGUUAAAUGUGUCUGUGUUAUUUUCAGCCUUCUGCUCCAAGAGCGUGGCUGUAGAUGACCACGGCACAGUUUUGCACUGGUUUGUAACAACCAGCACACCUGCUAAUUUAAAGUCACUACUUAUAAAAGGAGUGCUCACUAGGAGAGAGGCUUGAAUGGGUGGCAUGGACGGGGCUCGGGGCUGGGCUCUGCCUUGUGCUGCGCCUGAAGAGGCCAGGCCUUGGGGAUCAAGGAGAUCCGAGCUCAGCCCCAGCUCGGCUCUGCCCCAUGGCCGCCUCCGUGCACGGCCCCCGUUGUGUCUCAUGCCACGAGCAGCUGCUGCAGGUAACGCAAGGGGUGUCAGCGUGCGUGGUUCUUCUUUCUUUGUCCUUCUCCCACGCUGUCGGUGAGAGCAUCAUCUUUCCCCUGCCAGUCCACAUGGAGGUGAGCCAAGAGCAGCCAGGUUUCAAGAUCAGUCGAUUUGCAAAGCCUGGGCGUGAGGGAGGCUGCCCUCCUGGGAGGUCUCUGGGCGGACCAGUCAGAUAGGAAAGCAGCAUACUGGAGAAACUAACAAAAUUCACCUCUCAUCUCGUCCACAAGACUCUAAAGACCAGGAAGACCAUCAAAGAUGUAGUAGUAGACAGUCUUCAGGCGCAACGAGGGCAGCUAUUGAGAUUAAGGAAGCCUGAAGACGUUGUGAAGUCUAAUCCUAGCCUAGUGGGCUGGUUUCUUUGGGACGUGGGCAGUGGGGAGAGCAAAGCUUCACCAGGCUUCAGGUGGACCUCGAAACCUGGAGCUGCCCUCAGGGAGCUCUCGCUUUCCUCCUGGCUGCAGCGGCACCUCCAGGCCAACACCACCCCCGGACAGAGCGGCGAGAGGCAGCAGGCGGGUGGGCUUCAGCAGGGCUUCACCCAGCGCUUUUUGAUCAUUUUGUUCAUGGCUCUUUAUAAUGGAAGAGAAACUGAAAAACAAAACAACGAAGUGACCGAACAGGAUUGUGAAACAUCAAGAGGCUUACUGGAUUUUUGUCGUUGCUGGCUGCCUGGAACUGGCCUUGAAGUGAAAAAAAAAAAAAGUUUCUGAAAAACCACUCAACUCUGUGGGCUAGAAGGAUACUGGAUCUUUUAUGUAGCAAACACUGGGUCCCUUAUGGGGCACUAACGGGCCUGACUUACAGGGUUAUACACACAUUAACCCCAUGCUACAUCUUAGAAAUUUCCUUUUAAUUUGUUAAAAAAAGAGAAAAAUAGCUAAUUUUAGAGCCAAGUGAAGUGCACUUUGUCAAAUGUAAGGGUCUGCUUUGUUUUUGGGUUUCUUUUUUCUUUUUCCCUUUUUAAUUUUUCCUCCUUUUUUCCUCCUUUUGCCUUUUUAAAAGAUGUGGUUCUUUGUCAAUUGCAGAAAUGUUCUUUCAGCCACUCACUGAAAUUCUGAAUUCUGGCUUCUGCAGUUUUUAUUGUCUGUGUCAGACUUGCAGCCAGACUUGGUUCUCAUUUCAGCAUUUCCCAGGUUCUGUUGAAACAACAUCAACCCUUAUUUUGUUUCUCCCCCACCCACACUUUCUUCAAAUUCACCUUGUGUAUUGUAGCUCAUUUGUUUUAAGGAGAGAAUCAACAGAUCAUAUUCAGUGUCUUGAAUAAAUUGCUAUAUUUUGAUAUUAGAGAA